AAUAAAAUUAUGAUUUUGUUUUUGUUCAUGUCUUUAUGUAGUCACGAGGCUCAAGGUUGAAUGUGAGAUUGAAAGACCUAAUGGAUCAAAAGACAAGCUUACUGAAGCAUUGGAAAUAGCAAACUCAGCUUUGUCUAUUGCUCAGUCUUUCCUACCAUCAGAAAGUUUAGAGAUUUUCUAUUGUACGUGAAUUGAUUGUUAAUAUGUUUUGUGUACUGCUGAAGUUAUUUUCCGGUUUGUUUUUAAUUCUGGUUAUUGUAGGGAAAUGGCAAAUUGCUAAAUGUAACAGUAAAUUAGGAAACAUGGAAACGUGCAUUGAACAACUGAAAGAGAUGAGGAAAGUUGAAGAGGCAAAUAUGUCUGAUUCAUGUACCAAACUAUGUAGAGUAAUACGAGAAUUAGGAAGCAUACAUUUGGAGAGAGGUGAUUUAUGUGAAGCUCUGACGUGUUGCAAGGAAGUAUUAGAGCUGUACCAGCAGGAGGACACUUCUUAUCAUGUGAACAUUGCUGAUACUCUCAUGUUGAUUGGUACUAUAUAUUAUAAGAUGGGCAACAUCACUGAUGCUGUAAAGCAUUUAGAGCAGUCUAUAGAAAUUAGAGAACAGAAGCAGUUAUCACUUUGUCGUCAAGCUGGUCAAUGUUAUGUAUUUCUUGGAAUUUGUCAUAUACGGACAGUAGAAAGACAGACAACAUUUGAACAAAAACUACAAGGAAUUUAUCAAGCACGAGAGGCAUUUACUAAAUCUCUCAACAUACUGUUAUUUUAUCCAAAUUGUGAUCAAGAAAUAUUGGAAGUGUUGAGGCAUCUUACUGCUUUAUAUGACAUGAAAAUUGCUGAGGAGACUAUAGAUGAGAAGGCCACUAUGCUAAAACUAAUAGCAAGGAAAGCAUAUACUUGGAGAGAUUAUGCCAGAGCUAAAGAUUUGUUCUACAUGCAAAUGAAAGUUGAAGCUGCUACAAUGGUUUUACAGCCAGUACAAAAAGCUAUUGCACUGCACAACAUCGGUUUGUGUCAGCUACGUCUCUCACAGUUGGAUGAAGCUGAGGAAACAUUUACUGAAUCACUGAGAAUUGCUCAAUCUCUGAGACCAGAAGAGCAUCAAGGUUUACAGAUUUCAUCCAUCAAAAAUCUGCUUGGACUAGUUCGGAUGCUGAAGUACUUUAGAACAUUAGAUUAAGACAAUAAUGAUUUACAUUUUAUCUCAAA